AUGACACCAAAUAACUGCAGUCAUCUCCAUCCUACUUCCUUCAUCCUAAUGGGUGUCCCAGGCCUGGAGGCCUCCCACUUCUGGAUCGCGUUCCCAUUCUGCUCCAUGUACAUCCUGGCUGUCCUGGGAAACGUGUUUGUGCUGUUGGUGGUCUGGAUAGAGCCAGGGCUGCACCAGCCCAUGUACCUCUUUCUCUGCAUGCUCUCCGCCCUCGACCUGGUCCUCUGCACCUCCACAGUGCCCAGGAUGCUUGCUCUCUUUUGGGCAGGAGUCUCUGACAUCACCUUCGGGGCGUGUGCUGCGCAGAUGUUCUUCAUUCAUGGCUUUUCAGCCGUGGAGUCGGGCAUCUUGUUGGCCAUGGCCAUCGAUCGCUACGUGGCCAUCUGCCGUCCGUUGCACUACGGCACCCUGUUGCCUCUGGGGACUGUGGGCCGCAUGGGCAUGGCGGCUGUGUUGCGGGGUCUGGGGCUCAUGACUCCGCUCACCUGCCUCCUGGGGCGGCUGCGUUACUGCGGCUGGGUCAUCGCUCACUCUUACUGCGAACACAUGGCGGUGGUGAAGCUAGCCUGCGGCGACACCCGUGUGAACAACGUCUACGGCAUCACCGCAGCAACGCUGGUUGUGGGCACGGAUUCCGUCUGCAUCGCCAUCUCCUACGCCCUCAUCCUGCGGGCAGUGCUAGCGCUUUCCUCCAAGGAGGCUCGGGCCAAGACCUUCGGAACGUGUGGUUCGCACCUUGGUGUCAUCUUGCUUUUUUAUACUCCGGGUCUUUUUUCUUUUUAUACACAGAGGUUUGGGCAGCAUGUGCCGCACCAUGUGCAUAUACUCUUGGCGGAUCUGUACCUUGUGGUGCCCCCUAUGCUGAACCCCAUUAUUUAUGGCAUGAAGACCAAACAGAUCCGGGAUGGAGCACUGCGACUGCUCCAGAGGGGUCCAGUUUAG